UCGAAAUUCAUUCUCAGAACAUCAGCCUGAAGGAACGUUGGAAUUCGAUUUUUGAAAUUCAAAAUGAAAUUCUUCCGUGUUUUGUUUUUCUUUUUCGCUUGCCUGAUGGCGAUGGCCAGUAAUGUCUCGGCGGCUCCUAAACCUGACUUUGGAAAAGAGUUGGAAAAAAUCGGCCAGCACGUUCGCGAUGCCAUCAUCAGCGCCAGACCAGCCGUGGACGUCAUUCGUGACGCGCAGAAAAUCUACAACAACAAAUAUGAUGAUGAUGAUGAUGACAAGUAAAACGCGCCAUUUUCAAUCAAAAGAGCCCUAACGGCCCAGCCAUGACAUCGGUCUAAGCGCGGCAGCGGUGAGCGGCAGCCAUACGUGCGAAUGAAAAGUCUGAUCGCUGUGUCUCGCUCCAAUGUAUGGCCGCCGCUCACCGCUGUCGCGCUUAGACCAAUGUCGUGGCUGCGCCGUAACGCCGUCGCGUCGCAUCGCCUAUCAUUGAUAGUUCAUCGAUGUCGCCCACUUAGGACACUUUCAUAGAGAUCUAACGUUUGAUUUCGUCGCAUCGCCGUCGCUUGCCCGUCGUGCGACCGUCGUCCACGCAAACCACUGUGUUAUUGUUGAUUGUCAAUAAGAUGCUGUUUCCA